AUGCAGCCGCACACGGACGUCCUAAACUCGUCAGUCUCAUCUCUGAGUCCUUCCAAUUUCCCGAUAUCCUUGCCAUUUCCAAGCAACGGUCAAAACACGCCCUUCUACGGAUUCCAAACCAUUAUAAACAAUCCACAAUCCAUGAGCCUAAGCAGCAACAACUCAACAUCGGACGAAGCAGAAGAGCAUCAGACGAACAAGAUCAUAAUCAAUGAGCGGAAACAGAGAAGGAUGAUAUCAAACAGAGAAUCCGCCAGGAGAUCGCGUAUGAGGAAGCAGAGACAACUUGACGAGCUUUGGUCACAGGUGAUGUGGUUGAGGACAGAAAAUCAUCAGUUGAUUGAAAAGCUUAACAAUAUCUCUGAGUCUCACGACAAGGUUCUUCAAGAAAAUGCUCUGCUUAAAGAGGAAACAACUGAGCUUAAGCAAAUGGUCAGUGAUACGCAGAUUCAAAGUUCUUUCUCUUGCUUCAGAGACAAUAUAAUCCCCAUUGAAUAG